AUGUUGGGCUCGUAUACAGACCCCGAGAGUGGUGAUGAAGUCUUGAUCUCGGCAGAUAGUCGAGGCUUCCAAUGGAUCAAUGCAACAGCCGAUGAGAGGCUCAGCUUCGAGUUCCACCCAGAAGACUUCAAGUUAAUUCCUGCAGAAGGGAGUGGUCAUGAGAUUGAGAUCACCUUCGAAACCGAUGAUGAUGGUUUUGUCUCCGCCGCCCUGCGUGGGGAGAAACGCUACGAACGUCUGGUGGGCAGUAUGGAGAUGAAGGUGCGGGAAGGUCCUGUGCAUCUAUCUCUCCCAGAGGUCACCCGGAAAAGUGGGACCAAUAUCCAUGCGUUCAUGUGCAAUCUCCUGGAAGAUCCCUCCGACUGGCGUGACUUCAGCGUCUUACUGCUGAUAGCCACCAAUGCACACUUGAACUCGGGCAUUCCAUGUGUCAUUGUAGAUGAUACCUCGCCAGCUGAUGAUGAUGCCAUUCAGAAUCUUUUGGAUCGAUUGCAGCCCAACCAAGUGACAGUUUUCCGCAGCGAGGACGAGGAGGCGCAAGGCCAGAUCGAAGGGAAUGAGACAGCGAUAGUCACCGAACGCACGUGCAAUGGCCUGGCCGCGGUGAAUGACUUCGUGGCGGCCACUUGGGCCAAGGAGAUCCAAAAAGCUGUCGUCGUCUCCAAUGGGGACUAUGCUUUGGCCCUACUGGCCACCAGUUUGGCCUGCCUACUUGAUGCACCGCUGUUCGUGACAGAAGGUCCAGUGGCUGAGGCAGAUUUGGGCAAGCUGAUGCCGGACCUGGGAAGCUAUCCCGUGAUCGUUCUGGGAGAGCAAAUUGAGCUUGAUGCCGACGUCACCUCUUUGGCCGAUGUGGCCGCUGUGACGGGUUACGUCAAGGACUCGGGGAUCAGCAUCAAGUACCUCGCUGUGACCAACCCUUCUGACCGUGCGACCCGGAAGCUGUCUUUGACCGCUCCGAUCUAUGCUGCUGUACACGGUGGCUUAGUGCUACCAUUGAAAGAUGUGGCAAUUCAGAAGCCAGCUCCACUAGAUGGAGAGCCUUUGAUGAAAGUCAAAGAGCAGCUUGAGAAGGCCUACCAGGUCUUAGGCCAGCCUCGAUGGUUGGCACUGGUUGGAAGUCCUCAAGCUGUCCCAGCGUGUAAAACCACUGAAGAUGUGAAUAACUCCAAAGAGUAUGCUGUCACGGAUUACCCCUAUGCCACAGCCAAAUUCAACUUAGAUGAUGCUCACGAGAUUGCAGUGGGCCGUUGCUUUACGGACUCUUCCACUGCUGCCUUCCUCCUGGCCACACGUUCCGCCAACUUCGUGGCCUUGAAGAGUGAUGGCGAUUGGCGGAGCAAGAUCGUUGAUGCUGGGCUUUGGGGAUUUCCGGAAAUCCGGCAGCUCUUCUUCAACUCAGGCUUCACCCUUGCCAGUUGUCAGAAGGGUGACAUACAGCCCUUGCAUCAAAAAGACUUCGAAGAAGACAACAAGACCAUUGAGGCAGCAGCUGUAUUGCACAAGGAUCACUCUUGGUGGGGCGGACUUGGACAAUGUGUCGGCAGGAACACCAAUGCCAUGCUGGCACCUUGCGUGAUGGUGUCCUUGGGUUGCCAUGCUGCCGGGAUCGAUGAGGGCGUCCCCAGUUGCGCCUCGCGACUCCUGGCGCGUGGCGCAGUCUGCUUCACUGGCGCUGCUCGCUGCCCCACGGCCAUCGCCACCCUGUGGAGUGUGGCCUUCUUCAACGAGCUGCUUUGCAGUGGAUCUUCGGUGGGAGAAGCGAACAGGGAAGCGCACAACAAGUUCAUGGCACAUCACCUGAAAGGCAUCAACUUGGGCAAAUACACGUUGGUGAAUCGCUUCACCUUGGGUGAUCCCGCCUUACGUCCCUUUCCCAACGUUUCGAUGGACAUCACGCCUGCUCGGCAUAGCUUCGGGCCGGGUGGAAGCGUCACAGUCUUUGGGCCUUCGUCCUGGAAGAUGGUGGAAGUUCAUCAGGAUCAACUCAAGGAGUGGAAAUACGAUGGAAAGCUCUUUGAUCCAGUGGCACUGGGUUGUGCUCCAGAAGCUGGGUGGUGUGGAGGUGGCUAUGAUAAACAGGAAGCAUUUUAUCAGCUCGCUAUCAAGGUUCCAGCCAAGACCAAAGGUGCUGUGCUCACGAGCCUUGUCCUCGACAAUGAUGGAGAGGAGGUCAAGGCUGAGGACAAAUCAAGUGACGUUGAUCCUGUUUGUGGACAGUAUGAGUGUUCCCAGUAUGUGGACAAUGGCAAUGCCAACGAUUGGCAUUAUGUCACAGUGACGAAAGAUGAGAAUGGCUACAGGUGGACCAACAAGGCAGGAGUAUCAUGGGGUCUUGAUGAAAAGACCUUGGACAUUUGUGAGGAUUGUCCAUACCAUUCACAAGGUCGACAUAACAACCCAAAACGAAAUGCGUUCGGCAUUGUAACGUCCAUGAACUUUGGCGGUGAACACUACAAUCGCGCAGACUACCAUGGCUGUCCAGAGCUGGGUGCUGCCAAGAAGAAGGUGUGGUCCGGCGAACCGCAAGGGCUUCAGGAGUUGAGUGAUGGGAAGAAGUUGUUGUUAGUUCCAGUGAAAAUGAUGGAAUGCAGCCAGCAAGAAGGCACGAUUCAAUCCUUUCUCAAGAGCAUCACUUUGCGAGUCCUCGUUGAUGAUGAUGAGGAGGUGGAUUUGCAGGUACUGAAUCAGGAUUUGGCGCCGGCACAACGAGGAGGUGGCCGUGGCGCGGCCAUGGCACGACAGAACCGAGGAGACAACGAAGCCGAGGAAUGA